GUGAAAAUUCAAAAUGCAAUUACUAUGUUGGAGGGGGAGGAUGAGCGCCAAAAUGGUUAUCACGUGCCAAACACGUGCCUUUCCAAGGGCUAUAAUUGAUUUUCAAAAUACAUCAACCAAACACGCCCCAACUUCAUUUCGCCUUUUCGUAUACUUGAGUGCAUUUUGUAGUUCAAUUUAGCUUCGAACUUGAAUAUUCUCGGCUCUAAUAAUCUGAGUGAGAGAGAGUAUGGCGAUAAUGGAGGAAGAUGCCCCAAAACGGCGUCGUGUUGGGCUGAUAUACGACGACAGAAUGUGCAACCAUGCAGACCCAGAUGACGACGACCACGUCGAAAACCCCAAUCGAAUUCGCGCCAUUUGGGACAAGCUCAACGCCUCUGGCCUUGCUCAAAGAUGUAUAGUUUCAAAUGGUAAGGAAGCAAAGGAUAAUCAUUUAGCUUUAGUCCACUCCGAAAAGCACAUUGAAUUGAUUAAGAACAUUAGUUCGAGAAAUAAUUCAACAAUGAAAAGAACAGCUGAAAAAUUGGACUCUAUAUUUUUCAAUGAAGGCUCGUCAGAAGCUUCGUCUCUUGCCGCAGGCUCUGUCAUACAGGCUGCAGAGAAAGUUGCGAAAGGAGAACUCGAUUCUGCAUUUGCUAUUGUGAGGCCUCCAGGUCAUCACGCAGAAGAAGAUGAACCGAUGGGUUUUUGCCUAUACAACAAUAUUGCUAUUGCAGCUAGUUUUCUUUUGAACAGACGACCAAAGUUGGGUGUCGGCAAAAUAUUGAUUGUGGAUUGGGAUGUACAUCAUGGAAAUGGUACUCAGAAGAUGUUCUACGAAGAUCCCCGAGUACUUACCUUCUCCGUACAUAGGCAUGAUUCUGGGGAAUUCUAUCCAUAUGGUAAUGACGGGGCAUACAACAUGAUCGGAGAAGGGCCGGGUGCAGGGUACAAUAUUAAUGUACCUUGGGAGAAUGAUUCGUGUGGAGAUGCAGACUAUUUUGCCGUUUGGGACCAUAUAUUAAUUCCCGUUGCUAAGAAAUUCGAUCCUGACUUGAUAAUGGUCGCAGCAGGAUUUGACGCAGCCUUAGGCGAUCAUGUUGGAGGCUGUUGUCUUAGUCCGUACGCAUAUUCGGUUAUGCUCCGCAAGUUGAUGGAUAUUUCGAGUGGUAAGAAUAUUGUUUUGGCACUCGAAGGAGGAUAUGAUCCCGUUUCGUUAGCAAAUUCAGCCGAAGCUUGUGUCGAAGUAUUACUACAAGACAAGCCUCUUACGAGGUCCUCGGUGGAUCUUACACUUAAAUCCACAGCACUUGUGAUACGAACAAUAGGUACGCCAAGCGUUAAGCAGAUAUUGGCCGGUUCUUGCUUCUGAAUUAACGGACCAAGUAAUCAAUAGCAGUCGCAGACCAUCACAACUGAGGAUGUAGCGGAUACCUCCACCGCUAGUGCGAAAUCGAAUCCAAAAGUUGAACAAGUUCGUAGUGCUGAGAGAAAAAACGACCAAAAAAGGAACAUAGCAGGUAAUUCUUUCCGAUGUAGUACUUGUUCUUCUAUUUGUGACAAAACAAUUAGUUUUUGAGUGCUAUA